AUGACAAUUAUGAACAAUGAACUGUUUCAAUCUCAUUUUCGUGGUUUUGACACUGAUCAUAAUUAUAGUCUCAAUCAUUCUAAGAAGUACAAACAUUCUGGGGAAAGAAUUCCAAAAAAUCCUGAUGGAAGUGUUGUAGAUAAUAAUAGAGAAGAACCAAUAAUAAAAUCUCACUUCGAUCUGAAAUCUGGUCGUAGAAAACGACAGUUAAAUGAAGUAAAUAAUGAUAACAAUGAACCAGAAAAAAAAGCUCGAUUGGAUUUAGAAUCUGAUCCCAGGAAACGUCAGCUUGAAAAAGAAAUAGAACGCAGAAAACGGAGGAAUGAGUUAAAUAAUUAUUUUAAUACAUAUUCUACACAACUUACAAAAAAAGCUAAGCAAGGUAAUAAAACUGCUCAGUUAUAUAAAAAAGUAAUAACUAAACAACACCAAACUCCUACAAUUUGUACUUGCUGUAUGCGUAAGUUGUAUGAUGGCAUCACUAAAUUAACAAACUACAAACGAACACUUAUUACUGAAAAAGCUAUGGACAAACAUUCAUAUUAUUUCAAAGAAUCUGAAUUUCUUUGUGAUUAUUGUUGGAAUUAUUUACGAAGAAGCAAUAUUUCGAAAAUAGCUGCUACAAAAAAUUUUUAUUUCAUAGAAAUCCCCGAUUAUUUAAAACGUUUGAGUCCUCUUGGAGCUAGAUUAGUAUCACCUUGGUUACCAUUUAUGCAAAUUGUUCCUCUUCAACAGUUUACUGUUAACCCUCAAUUGUCUAUUAGAGGAAGUAUUGUGAAUAUUCAAGUUGAAGUUGGGGAAAUGAUGAAAUGUUUGCCUCGACAUCCGAGGGAUACUCAAGUGAUUCAAAUUCUUCUUAAACGUAAAAAGGGAUACAAUGAAAAUGAAGAAUUUUUCACCCAAUUUACUCAAAAAGAAUUUUCUUUUGUAGUUGAUGAGAAAGAUAAAGAAUAUCUUUUGAAAUCUCAAAAUGAAAUAUUCACAAAAUUCAAUGAUGACGAUGAUGAUUUUAAAGAUAAUGAUUGUGAGGGAAAUUUUGACAUGGAUGACGUUUUAGUCAUUGAUCAAAACCGAGAAGCAGCAGAAUUGACUCGAAUUAUUGCACCGGGUGAAAACAAACGACCGGUGCAAAUGUACGACAUUCCGUCCGAUAAAAUUUUCUGUUUUCCACAAAUAUUCGGGGGAGAGCCUUUUGAUGAAGCAAAUAUGCUUUCAGCUAAUGAAAGACAUAAAUUAUGGCUCACGCACAAUGAUUCUCGUUGUCGAAUCGAUCCCACGUUUGUUCUUUUAUUGGGUCAAAUGACAGUUCAAAAACGUACCAGAGAUUCAAUGAAUUUUGUCACUCGUCGAGGAUACAAAGCAUAUAAAUUUUUGAAGCCUAUUGUUGGUUCUCCUGCUUACUUAGAGGACAAGAAGAAAUUUUUGAUUACUAAAAUAUCACAAAUCGGUCCAGCGACUUUAUUUGUAACAUUUUCUAUCAUUCUAGAGAGUGCGCCUUAUGUAUUACAGCAACUCUAUGAAGAUCAAUACGAUAAAAAGAUUAGUUUACAAGACGUGCUUGAGAUUGACUAUAAUGGAAAACUUCUUUUAAUACGCAAUAACCCAGUCACUUGUGCACGCUAUAUUAAUCGUUAUUUUAAUAAUAUACUAAACUGUCUUCAGAAAAUAUCUGGUCCCUUCAAAGUUAAUUAUGUUGAAGAUUAUGUUCAAAAAGAUGAAGUUCAGCAAAAAGGAACUUUACAUCGGCACAUGCUAUUUUGGUUAAAUGACGCUCCAACAUAUAAUCCAGAAGAUGGUAAUUCUAUAAGUGAUUGUGUUCAAUUCAUCGAUAAAUUUAUUACAUGUCGAUUAGAUCAGGAUAAUCCAUAUGUAAUCUAUUAUCAACAUCAUAAGCAUACCGUUACAUGUUACAAAGGUUCGAAAAAUCUGAAAAAAUUUCGUUUUCAUUAUCCGAUGUGGCCGAUGCCAGAAACAAAAAUUUUAACUAAGCUACCAUCAGAUCAACGAACUCCAAGAGUAAAAUUGAAUUUUCAAAAAAUUAUCGAUUAUCUUGAUGAACUAAGCAAAAGUCCACGUAAAAUUUCAUUUGCACAACUUUUAAUUGAACUUAAGUUGUCUGAGCUUGAAUACAUUGAAGCUGCUAGAUAUCCUUUACAAACAACUCGCGUAUUUCUGAAACGUGAAAGUAAUGAGAUUUUGAUUAAUGCUUAUAAUCCAGAUAUUUUGAAUUUACUUAGAUCAAACAUGGACAUUCAAUUUAUCUGUGAUGCAUAUGCAUGUGUGACUUAUUUAACCGAUUAUGUAGUCAAAGUCGAAAAAGAGAUGGCAAAAUUAUUUAGAAAUUUAACUGAACAAUUUGCUCAAGGAGACUAUACAAAUUCAGAAAAAGUAAAAAUAAUAGGAAAUGCUUUUAUAAAUAAAAGGGUAUUAGCAGGACAAGCAGCUGCCAGUAUAGUCCUUCAUAUACCAGGUUUCAAAUCUAGUCGAUAUGGUGUCAUAGUGCCUACUUUUCAUUCUGACGAAAGAACUAGAGUAGUAAAGAAUAACAAAGAAUUAUCUGAGAUGGCACCUGAUUUGACAGAUAUCUAUCAAGAAGAUAUUAUUGAAAAAUAUAGUAAAAGAAAGAAGCAAUAUGAGUCAUUAUGCUUAGCUGAUGUUGCUACAGGGUUCAAUAAUCUUAAUAAAAUUAUUGUAAAAUCAAAAUCUGUAAAAAAAGAACAUCAUUCAGAAAAUGAGCUCAGUGCUUGUGAUGAUAAUAAAGAUAGUGAUUAUGAAGAAAACAUUGCGAAACAAUGUUCUAAGCGUAAAAUAUUGAGAACGCAGCAUUACAAUAAAUAUCAAGAUGAAGAAAAUUACUAUCGAGAACAAAAUCGAGCUUUAAUAUAUAAAAUGGAUCCAAAUUAUAUUGAAGAUCUUGUUAAAGAGGCUGAAGCUAACAAAACUGACGAUGAAGAUGAAAAUGGUAAAUUCAUUGUUAAUGACAAUGAAUCGAAUUUCAAUGAGUCGACUGAUAUAUUUACAGAAAUUAAUAAAGAUGGAAAUCCUGAAUCAACAGAGAAAGAUUACAAGAUUAGCGUUCCAACAGUUAUGGAGGAAAGUAAUAUCUUAGAACUGCUUUUAAAAGCAAAUGAACAACAAUUACAAAUUACUAUGCAUUGCUUGCAUGCUCAAAAACUUGACGUAUCGAUACGCUUAGUUAUCUGUGGUCAAGCUGGAACUGGAAAAUCUUUUCUAAUUAAACUUUUAUAUCAAACUAUUACUAAUUAUUGUACCAAACAAAUUCCUUGCUUAGAUAUUUCGUCUCCAAGAGUUGUUUUAGCUGCUCCUUCAGGAAAAGCUGCAUUUAUAAUUGGGGGUAUUACAGAUCAUAGCUGUUAUGUUUUACCUUCUGAUAAUAAAAGAGGCAACCUGCCAGCAUUAAGCUCAAGCACUGUCACGUCAUUAAGAUUCGAAAUGCGUUAUGUAAAAGUUAUAAUUAUAGAUGAGGUAUCAAUGAUUGGUCGUAAUCGCUUAAAUCAAAUUGAUACUCGUCUUCAACAAAUUACUGGUAAUAACUCACCAUUUGGUGGUUUAUCAGUUAUAUUUGUUGGAGACUUAAGACAACUUCCUCCUGUAAUGGACAAACCUAUUUAUUAUACAGCACAUCAUUAUUUGAGAGACAAGAAAUUACAGUGGGACAAACAAUAUGCUGGUAAACCUUUUAAGCCAAAUAUUGCUGAUCCCAAUUAUGCGACAAGAUAA